AUCUUGCAAAGCAUUACUUAUACCCGUCUAUCGCUUAAUGUAAGCUUAUUUUAAGCGAGAACUGGAAUACAUAUUGACGGUACCGGCUUUAGAUACCGCGAAAAACAACGGAAAUUCUUCUUAAAUUUAUAUUGGAAGACAUAGAGAAGUCGUAAACCCGUGCUGUGUUUUUGUACUAUGGAUGCUGAAUUAUCAAAACUCGUGGAGGACUGGUGCCGCUGGGACAAUGAUGAGUCGUCGCUCCAUACCAUUAAAACUCUCCAAAAAGAGAACAAAUAUGAUGAGCUGGAUAAGCUUAUGAGACCUAGAAUUAGUUUUGGAACCUCUGGAUUGCGUGCCGAAAUUAGUCCUGGCUUCUCGGGAAUGAACGAUCUUACUGUGCUACAAGCUUCCCAAGGUUUUGCUGCUUACCUGACUAAAACAGUCGAAAAUGCAAAAGAGAAAGGCGUUGUUGUUGGUCAUGAUCAUCGUCACAAAUCAAAGCGUUUCGCUCGUCUUACUGCAACUGCUUUUGUUCAUGCGGGUUUCAAAGUGUACCUCUACGACCAGCUUGUGCACACUCCUCUUGUGCCCUUUGCAGUAAAAACACUCAAGGCUGCUGCAGGUGUAAUGAUUACUGCUUCUCAUAACCCCGCUGCUUACAACGGCUAUAAAGUGUACUGGGAAAACGCAUGUGCAAUUAUCCCCCCUCACGACAAAGGCAUCGCAGAAUGCAUCAUGGAAAACUUGGAGCCAACCGUGUGGGAUGACAGUGGAAUUGAGGCUAAUACCCUUUGUGAUACAAAGUUUAUUGAAAAGGUGCUUUCAGACUACUGGUCUGAACUUCGCAACUUUCAUAUGACAAACACUUUUGAUAAAGAGUUCAAAGCCCUUGGUUUUGUAUACACACCUAUGCAUGGUGUAGGUUUGCCGUAUGUUGAGAAGGCCUUGAGCUUGUUCGGUGAACAAAAUGACAUGCACGUCGUACAGGCUCAACGGGACCCUGAUCCAGAUUUCCCUACAGUUCGUUUUCCCAACCCAGAGGAAAAAGGUGCACUGGAUAUGGGCAUGCAACUCGCUGACGAGUUGGGUCUCAACUAUGUUCUCGCUACCGACCCUGACGCUGACCGAUUUGCAAUUGCCGAAAAGUACAAGGGCAAAUGGAACCGUUUAACCGGCGACGAAAUUGGAUGUAUUAUGGGUUACUUUAUUUUUUCGGAGUACCGUAACUCUGGUAAACCCAUCGACGAUUUUUAUGUCUUGUCAACCACGGUGUCUAGUGCAAUGAUGACUGCUAUGGCCAAGAAAGAAGGUUUCCAUCAUGUGCAAACUCUCACCGGCUUUAAGUGGUUGGGAAAUCGUGCUUUAGAGUUGGAAAACCAAGGAAAGUUUGUCGGGUUAGCUUAUGAAGAGGCCAUCGGCUACCUCGUUGGAAACAUUGUAAGAGACAAGGAUGGAGUCAACGCCCUUAUUACUUUUCUUCAUCUUCUUAAGCGUCUUCAGCAAAACGGAAAGAGCAUCUCGGAGACGUUUGAUGAUCUUGGUAAGAAAUAUGGAUUUUUUGCAACCAACAACUCAUACUACUAUUCCAAAAACAGUGCAUUGCUUCGCCGACUCGUUGAUAACGUUCGUCAUAUGGGUCCAAACGGUACGUUUGUCAAUACUUUAGGAAGCCACUCCAUUACUCGUAUUCGCGAUUUAACGAUCAACUACGACUCAUCGACACCCGACAAUAAAGCCCUUCUCCCUUGCUCUAGUUCAUCAGACAACGUUACUUUUGAGUUAGACAACGGACAAGUCAUUUUCACUAUUCGUACAAGUGGUACGGAACCCAAGUUGAAGUACUAUAUUUGCGCUCGCGCCGAAUCCCAUGACAAGGCCGCUUCUAUUGCAAAUGAUGUAAAGGACUGUCUCUCCCGUGAGUGGUUUAGACCUGCAGAGAACGGUAUGACCGAGCCAUAGAGAAACUAUACGCAGUGUCAACGAAUACAUGAAUUUCCUCACGUAUCCAUAUCUAAGUUUUGUAACUAUCACAGACUCAAUAAACAAAAUCGCAUUUAGACAAUGUCUUUUACGUUUAUAACACCAAAAAGAAGCACGAAUUUAAUUCGUAAUUUACUAAGAUAAGGUCCUAAA